GUCAGCAGGAUACUGUACAGCUUUGCCACAGCCUUUAGGCGGUCCGCCAAGAAGACGCUCCUCUCGGGCUUGGCUCCGCCCCUGACGCCAGACAGCGACGUCUUCACCUUCACCGUCAGUCUAGAGAUCAAGGAGGAUGAUGGGAAAGGGACCUUUAGCGCUGUGGCAAAAGACAAAGACAAGAACAGCUUUAAGCUGCGUCCUGGUAUGGACAAGAAGGUCUUCAUCUACGUACAGCAGACGUCCAAUAAGGAGCUGUCUAUAGAGAGGUGCUUUGGCCUACUGCUGAGCCCAGGGAAGAACGUGAAGAACAGUGACAUGCACCUGCUAGACCUGGAGUCGAUGGGGAAGUCAUCCGAUGGAAAGUCCUACAUCAUCACAGGGAGCUGGAAUCCCAACACGCCUCAGUUCCAGGCUGUCAACGAGGAGACAGCCAAAGAUACGUUUAUCUACAUGACGACGGCGGUGGACCUGGUGAUCACUGAGGUGGAGGAGCCGGUUCGUUUCCUGCUGGAGACCAGGGUCAGAGUCUGCUCCCCCAACGAGAGGCUCUUCUGGCCAUUCAGCAAACGCAGCUACACAGAGACUUUUACCUGA